AUGCAGCCGGCGUUGACGGUGGUCGACGCUUACGCUACUACGGACAUUGGCAAUACUCGCAAGGACAACGAAGACGAGUUUUGCAUUGCACUCGACCUGCCGCUGCGUACCCCUUGUGACAUUGCACGUCGUCGGUCGCUCUUUGCUGUCUUUGACGGCCACGGUGGCGUCCGCGCCGCAACUUUUCUUAAGACCCACCUACUUUCGUACUUGGUCCAGGACCCGCAGUACGGCCAGAGCACGUCGGACGCACUCGCCUCGACGCUGCGGCGGCUCGACGCUGCUUUUUUGGAGCUCGCGCGGCGUCACGGCGGUGCAAUCGAUGGCUCCACCGCGAUUGUUGUCGUGCUCGAGCAAUUUGACGGGGAUGCGUCGCCAACGCUUGUGUGCGCCAACCUCGGCGACUCGCGCGCCGUCUUGAUGAGUCACCAGCGUUGGGAGCCGCUCUCGCGCGACCAAACGGCGUCGCGCGCCGACCAGCAACCCCUGGUCUACGACAACGGCGGGUUCGUAGCGUUCCGCAAUACGUACCGGGCGCCAACGUCGGAGUUGCCGCUCUGGCGUCGGUGGUGCCGAGAGAUCCACGACGCGUGGCAAGCCGGGGUCGUGGGCCGACCGUUGCGCGUGUAUCCUGGCGGCGUCGUGUGCACGCAAGUGAUUGGGGACCUCGACUGCAAGCAAGUCGGCGUUGUCCGUGCCAUCGCCGAGUGUACAGUCGUCGAGCUCCACCCUGCUCACACGAUGGUGGUACUGGCCUCGGAUGGGCUGUGGGCCAUGGUGACCAACAAGGCUGUGCACGCGCAUGUGCACGGCAUGACAUCGGCAACCACCGCUAGCCACGCCCUCAUGCAGCUCGCCAAAGCGCAUCGCCGGAGCACCGACAACAUCACGGUGGUCGUCGCGACGUUCACAUGGCAAAGUGGUGUGCCGUAA